AUGGCUUUGUUGGAGACAAUCCAGCGCAAAAUCAAUAAGUAUGGGCUACUGCCCAAACUGGUGCGAUCUCUGCCCAAGAUCUCUACUCUGCUGACAUUAUUGGGUGUGCUAUGGAUCCUUAUGUUACCACUUGAUGGCCAGUUCCGGACCACAUACAUUUCAGAGAACGCCCUUAUGCCAUCACAGGCAUAUUCAUUCUUCAGAGAAUCGGAAUGGAAUUUUGUGAGAGGCUAUAGAGAUCAGAUUAUCGAGCACAUCGAUGAUCCAAUGGAAGACAGGCAUGAGAUGCUGUCUUCCUGGAUGAAGACUAUUGGCUACAAAACGUUUGAGUACGAGUCCCAUAAUGGUUCAAGGACUACAUAUGGAAUUUACCAUGUUCCAAAGGGGGAUGAUACCGAGGCAAUGGUGAUUGUGGCCCCUUGGACAACCAGUGAUGGAGAGAAAAAUAUUGGGGGACUAGCCCUGACCAUGGGGCUAAUCCGGUACUUCCACAGACUGUCGAUCUGGUCGAAGAAUAUUAUUGUGGUGUUCCCAGAAGAUGGCCAGGAUACUCUGAGGAACUGGGUGGAUGCCUAUCAUACCACAUUGGACGAAACAGGAGGAUCUAUGGAGAGUGCUAUUGUGAUUGAAUAUCCUUCUGAGAGCGAUGAAUUGGAUUAUGUCGAGGUGAACUACGUGGGUGUCAAUGGCCAGCUGCCAAACUUGGACCUCGUCAAUUGUGCUGUGAUGAUCAGCGAGCAUGAGGGUUUCAAGGUGUCGUUGCACAAUACACCAAAAGGCCAACUUUGGGCUAAUGAUUACCCCUCUCGACUCACCACGUUAUUGAAAGGCCUGUAUGCCAUGGCAACUGCUGGUCUGCUGCCUGAGACAGGGGGUGGAAACGGCUGUGAGGCUUUUAGUGGAUGGAAUGUUCAAACUUUAACUUUCAAAGCUAAGGGCACAGAGGGACGUGAUAUCACAACCUUGGGAAGAGUCAUUGAGGCUUGUUUCCGUGCGGUCAACAAUCUAUUGGAGAAGUUUCAUCAGUCAUUUUUCUUUUACCUGCUGCUUACUCCCAAUCAUUUUGUCUCCAUCGGAAACUACCUUCCAGCAGCAGUGCUGACCGCAGCAAGCUUUGUUAUAUCUUCACUUAGUGCAUUGCUCACAAAUAACAAUGUCAACAACAAGCAUAUCAAUUUCAACGAUGCCGCUGUCAGGGUGGAUACUCUUCCCUUGAUAAAUGGGCUGUUGUUAUUCGCUACUGUCACCGUGGGCUCAAUAUUUUGCGGAACGAUGUUGAUGUGGUUUUCUUCAACCGUGUCUUUUGCAGACAAUAACAAACUGUACACUAUGCUUACUUGGGGGCUAAUUUUGACAACCACUACUGUGUCAACUCUUCCGUUGGUUCUCAGGUACAAAUUGCAACCGUCAGCGGCAAUCUCGCAAACCGUGAGAAUAGCCAAUGGUUGCUCGCUUUUUUACCUCGCUUUUGCGCUGGUGAGUCUUCUUGUGCUAGAUUUUUCUCUCUCACUUCUCAUAUCCCUCGCAGCAUUCCCUCUGACCUUUAUUAGAUAUGGAGCUUUAAGUCAGAACCGCAAGAACAGCAUAUGGCUGAUUUUAUCAUCACCAUUUUUAUGGUUGGCAAUUGUUGGAGUGGCCCACAAAUUGGAAUUCCAGCUGGACAUUGUUAGAAAUUUGAUCCAGUAUUUCUCCUUGCCCUUGCUGAAACACGAACUGCAAACAAAGAUCUUCGAUACUGACUGGCUCAACCCAACCUUUCUCCAGGAUGUGCUACAAGGACCAGUAGAAAUAUUCUACGGGUUGCUCACUGGCUACAGGAGGUUCCAGACAUGGACAUGGAUGGUUAUCAGUUUUGCGUGGCUUCCUGUGUGGAUUAUGUCUCUGAUCAUCACCUGCAUUGAUGUGCAAAUUGGAGACUCUGAGAAGAAAAAAGUGAACUAG